GAGCAGUCACAUUACGGACAUUGGAUCGCGUGGAUCAAGCCAGAUCGGUUCCCCGAUAGGAACUCGGUAACGCGUGGUAGGUGAAAAAGAUCUAGAGGUGAUUUGUGAUAAACACAGUGAUUUGAGUCCUUUGGUGGGAAGAAUCAAUAGAAGACAAAGGAUAACUCGUCGAAUUGGAGUGAAAUUGUUCUAGAACAAUCAGUAUUUUUUUUAAACUUUAAAAUGAUCCUGAUAAUUGUGUGAAAAAUCGGCCUUGGAAAAUAGACUACUUUGUAAGCAACUUCGUGUGUGCGUUUAAGUCGGUGUGACGGAAAAAUUUAAACAAUUGGACAAUUGCAAAAGAAUCCCGAUACAUAUCAAAUUGAAUUUCUGCAGCUGGCCAACUCUGCAAAAGAGCAUUAUUAGAGAAGAUUGUCGCGGUUGGGAAACCGUAGUGCCACACUGUCACCUUGGUGAAGCAAGUUCACAAAACAAUCAGUCAUGUCGAAAGGAAAAUCGUCGGAAGAGAAGAACUUGCUUCCGGUUCCUGUACCCAACAUUGUUAUCACCAAGCAAACACCCCCCAGCUCAGAUGCUACCGAUAUUGACGACAUAGAGGAAGGAAUGGGUUACACGCCCACACUGAUGUAUGGUCGCUACACCAAAGACUUAGGACAAUACGCACGAAGAUUGAGUGUCAUUGAGCAAAAACGAAGAGAAAACGACAAAGCAAGAUAUCAGGAGCUGCUCGCCUCAGAAGAAAAGCAUGGUAGAAUUUUUAAAGCCUACUCAUGGCUCUGGCGGAAAACGUUCGCACGGCUUGGCGAAGACUGGGUGAUUCUGGCUUUGCUUGGCUUCAUAAUGGCGCUACUGUCUCACGUGCUCGACAUAGGAAUAUCAGCGUGCGUGAAUUCUCGAUUAUGGUUAUACCAAGAGUUCGAGGGUCAACCGUGGAUGCAAUACUUUGCGUGGGUGUCCAUUUCGGUUUGUCUGGUCCUGUUCUCGGCGGGAUUCGUCCAUGUGGUUUCACCGCAGGCUAUUGGGUCUGGCAUUCCUGAGAUGAAAACCAUCAUCCGAGGUGUUGCCCUGAAAGAUUACCUCACCUUUAAAACACUGGUUGCCAAAGUGAUUGGCCUCGUAGCGUCCCUGGGUUCCGGAAUGCCUAUUGGCAAGGAAGGUCCCUUUGUCCAUAUAUCGAGUAUAGUAUCGCAAUUGUUGAGCAAAAUUGCAUCGUUUAAGUCAAUCUACGAGAACGAAUCCCACAACUCGGACAUGCUAGUAGCGGCCUGUGGAGUUGGCGUGGCGGCAUGCUUUGCUGCACCGGUUGGCGGAGUCCUGUACAGUAUAGAGGUUACUACUUCGUAUUUUGCCGUUCGGAAUUAUUGGAGAGGAUUCUUUGGUUCCAUCUGCGGUGCCGCAUUGUUUCAGUUGUUGGCUUUAUGGUUUCACAAGGUACAUACAGUUUCUGCACUAUUUCCAACAUACUUUGCUCCUGAAUUUCCAUACGGACCACAAGAGCUGCUCGUGUUUGCAUUGAUGGGGGUCGUUGCUGGUCUUGGCGGAGCUAUGUUUGUGUGGUUACACAGGAAAUAUGUACUAUUCGUUCGGAACAACAAACGUUUGAACAAGUUUUUGCAACUGAACCGCUUCUUGUACCCGUGUAUCGUGUCAUUCAUAGUAGCCUCGCUACUAUUCCCAGACGGGUUUGGACAGUUCAUCGCCGGUGGGCUAGACACUCAUCAUCAAGUUCAUCAACUUUUUUCGAACUUUACCUGGAGCCAAGCCGAGCAUACCGUUGAACAGGAAGCAAUCGUAUCCAACUGGCGCACGGCUUACUCUAGUGUGAUAGGAAAUCUAGCCCUUUAUCUGUUGUUCCAGUACUCCUUCUCCAUCAUUUGCACAACGUUACCUGUACCGUCCGGAAUGUUCAUUCCGAUGUUCAAAAUUGGUUCCGGCUACGGACGUCUCGUUGGUGAAGCAAUGGCCGUAUUAUUUCCACUCGGUAUGUCCUAUGCUGGUCAGCGUAUGCCCAUCAUCCCGGGAGGAUAUGCCGUCGUGGGAGCAGCGGCUUUUGCCGGAGCCGUAUCACACUCGGUUUCAGUUGGUGUAAUGGUGCUUGAAAUCACUGGUCAGAUUACGCACUUUGUUCCAGUGAUGGUUGCCUCGUUGAUUUCCAAUUGGGUGGCGGCACUGUUCCAACCGUCUCUGUACGAAAGCUACAUAGAGAUCAAGAAGCUACCCUAUCUGCCGGAUUUACAGCCCAGCGCUUCUAGUAUGUAUGAAAUCUACGUUGAGGAUUUCAUGGUUCGCGAUGUGAAAUACAUUUGGAAAGGGAUCAGUUAUCAGAAACUUAAAAAUGUCUUGAAGCAAAAUAAAACAUUGAGAUGUCUACCUAUCGUAGAAAGUCCUGAAAAUCCCAUUCUACUAGGCAGUGUUCAAAGAUUUGAAUUGAUUCAAAUGCUUGAUAAUCACAUCGGUCGUAAGAAACGUUUAGAAGUGGCUGCUAAGUGGAUUGAAGAGGAACGGAAAAGAGCAGAACAAGAACAACUUAAACGUGAAGCAGAGGAAAAAGAGAGAAGUCGACGUCCAUCGAGAUUCGAAGUCAGUCCGGCACCAGAUAUUCUUGAGCUUCAUGAUCGUGCCAACAAUGAGAUGUUGCCACCUCAAGCUAAAAAAGAAAAAUCCUCUUACUUUGAUCCUCAUUCUAAGAAAUCAAUCCUCAAGAGGACCAACUCGUUUCCUUGCAAGGAAGUUCAUAGACAAGUCGAAGGUUCAUACGCGACCAUCUCCGGAGGAGCCGCCAAUCGUAUUAGGUCUGCGAUUGAUAUCAUCUUCCGCAAAUCUGGUACUUUACAGGAUGGUAAUGCAGACCCAGAAAUUGGUUCUAACAGCACGCUAGGGUUUUCUAAGAAAGUUCAAUUACCAAAAGCACGUAUCAUCGAUAUGUCUAUCGAAGAGCAGAAAAUUUGGGAACAGAAUGAAAUGGCUAAAUCAAUCGAUAUAGAUAAUCUACCCAUCGAUCCUGCACCCUUCCAGCUAGUGGAACGUACCACUAUUCUAAAAGUACACUCACUUUUCGCGAUGGCAAGCAUAAAUCUCGCAUAUGUCACAAACAUUGGAAAACUGGUUGGCGUAGUUGCGCUCAAGGAGUUACGACUUGCUGUCCAAGGCGUCAAUAAUGGCACACUUACAGCCGAAUCAGUGAAACAUUAACAGGAUGAAGAGGCGAAAAAGAUUCUUGAUGUUGAUGUGAAACUCGACGAUUCCUCUUCAAAGGAACCUCUACUACCGAAGAUAGACCAAAACGUCAGCAGUGAUAGAAAGCUGAAUGAUACUAUUCCUUUUUUGGAUGUUACGCUAAGCUACGCUGAUAACUGUUCCGAUUGUGACCAAUUGGACCAUCUCCGGGUUGAAAACGAUGCCACGAGUAAUAUAUCAAUUCGUAGCAUUGACAACAUUAGCUGUUGCAAUAAUAAUAAUAACAGUAACAAUUUACAGUCACCGUUAUAACAUCUUAAAUGAUAAGGUUUAUUUAAUUUGGUGUAGAUUUAGCAUAUUAUGGUUUUAUUUAGAAUAUGUGUAUAACUGUAGGUUUUAGAUGAGAAGCUAUGAAAUAAGAGUUAGUUACUUUUAUCCGAUGAUUUCUGAACUAGAUCUUAGAAGACCAUGGGUAAGAUAAGACCAAUUCAUCUUUCAAAGCCGGUUUAUGGCCAAAAAUUGUUUAUACAGCCACAACAAAACUAACAAUUUUUAUAAUAACAAUAACUUUUAACUGAUCUAAAUUCGAUCAAGAACUGCAAAACAUCUAGAGUUAAUAACUAGUGCAUCAAGUUGCAUUAGGAAAAAUAUAGAAGAAAAGUGUGUGAAUAUUGUAAAUACUUAGAAUAGUCAUUUGAAUAUGUUUUAAUAUUUCCAAAGGUCGACAAAUAUAAGUGCAAUAAACUCUCA